AGAGGAAGACUUCGAUGACGAAGACUAUGGAGACAAAGACUACGAAGAGGAAGGCUGUGAAGAAGAAAGAGAACAAGAAGACGACUAUGAAAAAGAAGAACAAUACCAUGAAGAAGGAAGAAUACUACUACUAUGAAGAAGAAAAUUACAAAGAAGAAUAUGAAGACUACAAAUAA